CCGAAUUCUUCUGAAUUAUUUCGCGAUUACGAUUUGAAGUAAUGGUACGGUUAGUCAUCCCUUGAUGGAGUGCAUUAUUGUUGUGAUGUAAUUUAAAUUAAAAUGUGGUUACUAUAUUUAUUUUUUCUCAAUAUAUUAGGCAAUUAUUCAGUUCUUUGUGAUUUCUACGACUGUAAUGAACCUCUAUUCGAUAGAUCUGAAGUAAAAGCAACAAGUUCCUUACCGGACCGGAAACCUUCAUCGGCCAAAUUACUAGGCGAACAAUCAUGGACUGCUUCACAUUCGGACAGCAGUCAGUACCUGAUAUUCGAUCUAGGUCGAGUGAUGAAGGUAAGAUCGAUCGAAACCCAAGGAAGACCAACGCAGGAUGAUUGCGUUCUAGAGUACACCAUCAGUUACGGAUCGAACGGAUACGAUUACGCUGAUUACAAAACCUCAUCGGGAUAUAUCAAAGUUUUCAAAGGUAACACGGAUGGUAAUCAAGUGAACAGAAACGUAUUCGAAGUUCCUAUUAUUGCUCAAUGGAUCAGAAUCAAUCCUAUAAGAUGGAAAAACAGUAUUUCGAUGAGAGUAGAACUCUACGGAUGCAAUUAUGUUUCCGAUCAUUUCUACUUCGACGGUUCGUCGCUAAUCGAAUGGAAACUAAGAGAUUUACCGAUCGUAUCGACCCGCGACUCGGUCGGAUUUCGUAUGAAAACAAACGCCGCAAACGGAAUCAUCUUAUACAGUCGAGGCACCCAGCGCGAUUACCUCGCACUACAGCUACGCGAUAAUCGAUUGGUGUUGAAUAUCGAUUUAGGAUCCGGGUUAAUGACCAGUUUAUCGGUGGGAAGUUUAUUGGAUGAUAAUAUUUGGCACGAUGUGAUGUUCUCUCGAGUCUAUAAGGAUAUCGUGUUCACCGUGGAUAGAGUUUCGGUCAAAGGGACCAUCAAGGACGAAUACGCGACGUUGAAUUUAAAUAACGCUUUCUAUAUCGGAGGUGUACCGAAUAAACAAGAAGGAAUGAUCGUAUCGCAAAAUUACACCGGCUGUAUUGAAAAUCUAUCAGUGAACGGAACUAAUUUCAAUCAAAUGAUCAAAGAAUUCUAUAACUCUGAUAACAGAUGGGGUAUGGAGACUUACGCGAAGCAUAACGUAUCUUAUAUCUGUCCUGAACAAUCGGUCAUUCCGGUUACGUUUUUGACCGAGCCGUCUUUCGCUAAGCUGAAAGGCUACGAAGGUGUGGAUUACCUCAAUGUUUCAUUCAGCUUUCGAACUUACGAGGAUGCCGGAUUACUCGUGUUUCAUAAAGUUAUAGGCGGCAACAACAACAACGGUUAUGUUAAAGCAUUCUUGGAAGAAGGUAAAGUCUACGUAGAAUUGCUAACCGGCGAUAACCCGAAGAUUAAAUUGGAAAAUUACGACGAGAAAUUCAACGACGGUAAAUGGCACAGUUUGGUGUUGACGGUCAAUACGAAUGUGUUGGUUUUGAAUAUCGAUCAGCGUCCUGCGGUGACUAAUCGUUUGUUGAAGAUUCUGACGACUUCGGAUUAUUAUAUCGGAGGAGGUGUUUAUAAUAAUAUAGGUUUCAUUGGCUGCAUGAAACUCAUCACUAUCAACGGAAAUUACAGAGUGCCAACAGAUUGGAAACCAGAUGAGGAAUACUGUUGUAAAAAUCAGAUAGUUUUCGACGCUUGCCAAAUGAUCGACAGAUGUAAUCCAAAUCCUUGCAAACAUAAUGGUUUAUGUCGUCAGGAUUCACGCGAUUUCUUCUGCGAUUGUUCAAAUACUGGUUAUGCAGGAGCCAUGUGCCAUACUCCAUUACAUCCUUUGAGUUGCGAAGCUCAUAAAGAAGUGAAUUCGGUUCAACAACGUGUCGAUCUCAAGAUCGACAUCGACGGCAGCGGUCCCUUAGAUCCUUUCCCUGUCACUUGCCAAUUUCAUUCUGAUGGCAAAAUAGCUACCGAAAUACAUCACAGAAACGAAGAACCGACCAUUGUCGACGGGUUCCAAGAAGAAGGUAGUUACAAACAGGAUAUCGUGUACGAAGCAAGCAUCGAACAAAUAGAAUCGCUCAUUAAUCGAUCUUCGAGUUGUUAUCAACAUAUUCGUUACGACUGUCAGAAUUCCAAAUUAUUAAAUUCUCAUCCUGGUGAAGGAGAAUUCAGACCUUAUGCUUGGUGGGUGUCGAGAUAUAAUCAAAAAAUGGAUUUCUGGGGCGGUGCUAUGCCCGGGUCCAGGAAAUGCGAAUGCGGUGUUUUGGGUCAAUGCGACGAUAUGUCCAAAUGGUGUAAUUGCGAUGCUGGACAUGGCGAAUGGACUUCCGAUAGUGGAAAUCUGAAGGGAAAAGAGUACUUGCCAGUGAGACGAUUGCAUUUUGGUGAUACGGGUACACCGGUCGAUGAUAAAAGGGGCAAGUACACUUUGGGACCUUUGGUGUGCGAAGGAGAUGAUUUGUUCAGCAACGUUAUAACGUUUAGAAAAAGCGACGCCACUUUGAAUUUGCCUACUUUCGAUUUCGGUUACGAUGGUGAUAUUUAUUUCGAAUUCAGAACGACUAAAGAAAGUGGUGUCCUGGUCAACUCGAAAGGUCCCGAAGAUGAAAUUCUAAUCGAAUUGAGAGAGGGUAAUUCCAUUCUUUUCAUGUAUCAAACCGGAAAUAAACCUACUCACGUGCAAGGAAAGUCCACCUCCGGCUUAGCGGAUAAUAAUUGGCAUUCUGUCUACAUCGAAAGGAACAGAAAAGGUGCUCGUGUCGUGAUCGAUGGCAACGAAAAGAAAGAAAUCAAAGAAUCUCCGGGUCCGGUUUUGGCGUUAUAUCUUACUUCGUAUUUAUCCAUCGGUGGUAACGUUGGUCCUCCGAAUAAAAAUGGAUUUACUGGAUGUAUGAGAGCUUUCAUGUUGAAUGGACAUUUAGUAGAUUUAGUGAGAUACGCGAAACAGACACGUUAUGGUAUAUCCUUGGGAUGUGUUGGUAAAUGUGCCAGUAAUCCUUGUUUGAAUAAUGGUACGUGUAUCGAUGGAUACGAAGAUUAUCAUUGCGAUUGUCGAUGGACAUCUUUCAAAGGACCGAUUUGCGCCGAUGAAAUUGGUGUUACGUUACGUGACGAUUCGAUGAUUAAAUACAGCUUCUUGGGCAGCUGGAGAUCGACGAUCGCUGAAAACAUACGUGUUGGUUUCACGACCACUCAUCCUCAAGGAUUUUUAUUAGGAUUGUUUUCCAAUAAAUCAGGCGAAUACAUGACCAUAUCGGUAUCAAACAGCGGUUCGUUACGUGUGGUAUUCGAUUUUGGAUUUGAAAGACAAGAAUGGACAUUCCCUAACAAACAUUUUGGACUCGGUCAGUACCACGAUAUUCGAAUCAGACGUAAGAAUUCCGGAGCUACGUUGGUUAUGGAGGUCGAUAAUUACGAACCUUUCGAAACGCAUUUCAAUAUCAAAGCUUCAGCCGAUGCUCAAUUCAAUAACAUAGAAUACAUGUAUAUCGGUAAAAAUGAAAGUAUGAAGGAAGGCUUCAUCGGUUGCGUUUCCAGAGUCGAAUUUGAUGAUAUUUAUCCGCUCAAAUUCCUCUUCCAACAAAACGGUCCCACCAAUAUUCGCGCCACUGAUGGUAAAAUUGACAUUAUUGAUCUCAAGGUUAUCAUUAUCACAAAUAACGAAAAUAAUUCACGUUGCAAUUUUUUUCCAGUUAUGGAAGACUUUUGCGGUGUUGAACCGGUAACUCAUCCUCCCGAGCCAAUAGAAACUAGACCACCUUUAGAUUUAGAUCAAGAUAAAGUGAAUGCAGCCUAUCACGAAACUGCCAACGCUGUUAUAGGAGGAAUCUUAUUCUUAUUAUUCUUGUUGUCUAUUUUCAUCGCCAUCUUCUUUGGCCGCUGGGUGGCCAGGCAUAAGGGCGAUUACUUGACGCAAGAAGAACGAGGAUGUGACAUGGCUUCCGAUCCUGACACAGCGGUAAUGCAUUCAGUGACUGGGCAUUCUUUACGAAAGAAAAAAGAAUGGUAUAUUUAAAAAUAACAUAGACUAUUGGACUAAGUAUCAAUCAAUCGUGUACGUUAGAGGCGACCGACCGCAUUGUAAUUUUUUCUUCUGUGAUUUUGUUUUGUUCAUUAAAUUAGGGAAAAAAGAGUUUCAAAGAGCUUAGAUUAUAUAUCUUGUACAUUAGUUGCCUCUGAUUUAUACGUGUUUUAUUUUUUUGUAUUUAUUUUCUCGUCGCAGUCUUCUCAUUUUUUUUCUUUCUUUUUUUUAUAUAUAUUCGUGUACUAUUUAUUGUUAUAUUUUAUUACGAAACCAAAAACAGUGUCAAUUUAUGUAUUUACAGGCGAAUUUGUUUAUAUUUUUAAUGCCACUGUUAAGGUUUUACCAUUAGAUUUUAGAUUUAUCGAAAUCGUAUAUUGUUUUAUCUCUCUAAACGAAUUCUCUACCUUAAUUCCCAGUAUUUUAUUAUUUUAUUACCGAGUUAAUUUAUUUUUGCUUUUGCAUUUACGCCCUUCUCAUCAUUUCCUUUUUUCCCCGGAUUUGAAAUCUCAAGUUUUUUUUUACUCUUUAUUAAUUUGAGAUCUCCAAGUAUUAUGAGCAUUCCGUCCUGCCUAUUUUAAAUAAUUUUUAAGUUGAUUAACAAUUUGCCAUUCGCAAACAUUUGUAUUAUUUUGUAAUUUAUUGUAUAAAUAUCGGCUUCGUGUACAUGUGAGGUAUUACGUAUGAAAUGAAUAUGGUGUUUUUUUUUCUUUCUGCGCUAAACAGGAAGCUCAUUCGGAAUCUCGUAAAUCGUGAUACUUUACAUUGCUCAACUUUCAGAAGCUAAAUUUUGACUAUUAUUGGUUUAAUUUUUUUUCUCAAAAUUUUUAAAGCACAACGCAUCGCUUUUAUUUAAGAAAAGUUACUCAGUGAAAUUUCAGCCUUUUUUUGUUAGUAUAUUAACUAUAUGGAUAAGUUUAUCUGUUUUAGUUAUUUUUUAUGUUUAUUUUUGUACUUUUUCUAUUUUUUUUUUUUUCACUUUUGAUGAAGUGGUUAGAUUUUUUUUUAUAAAGUUGAUGUUGUUCAGCUGUCGAAUUUUAAGUCACUUCGUAAUAUUAUGCAGUUUUUCUUUUUCACUUUAGAAAUUGUACGUAAAUUACCAAAUACAAUAUGAAGUUUA